GAGACGGUGGAGGCAGUGCUCCUUUUUAUGUCUACGUCGCGCGACUGCACACGAAUCACGGGGUUGACAGUCUCCGUCUUUCUGUCGAGCCUAAUUAUACAACGAAUUUAAUGAAUGAGUGAGCUAGCAAAUACAGUGGCCCAUACAUGAGCAUAUAUAAACCACGGUCAAUGCCGUGUGGCGGCUUUUGUGAGAGAUCAAAGGAGGCAUCUUGCUCGCACUUUACGGGAUUAACGUGCUGGUAGCGCGUAAACGCGUACUCGGCCUCUCGGAAACGCUCGAGACACUUGGACGGAUUACGGAUCGCUACGUUUUUAUCACAGCCCCGACGCGAGUCUAUCGCGAAGGGAAAUGCGCUCGCUGUCCAACGAGCGUACCCCUUUUUCCAUCGCGUGCAACAACCUUGAGAGCGCGUAAACCCCUGCGCGAACCCUUUUAACUUUCCUUCUCCUUCGCCUCGCCUCGCUCACGGUUCGGAAUAUUUUUUUUCCAACAUUGUUGCAUCGAUCGUUCCUCGAUCCGUUGUUUCCCGCACACGCGGCCGGCAUUACGCGCUGCAACCGAAUCGCGAUUCAAAUUUAGCCGACCGCGAACAAUAAUAUUGAUUUCAGCAAGCCGGAAUUUUGCUCUUCCUGGGAUAAACAUCCCGGAGCGCACGUGGCGUCAAUAUGUGCCUUCGUUCUCGGUAUACGCGAACGAGAAUUGGUUUCAGGGCCGCUCACGCUCGGGAAACGCACGCUCCCGGGUCGCCUACGCUCUUCAACUUCCGCGAACAAGGACUCUACCGUAUCCUUUUUCUCGGGAAACUAAACAAACCGGUGCAUACGAACGAUCGUAGGACUUCCUUUGGAGAGUUUCUACAUAAAAUAAGAAGGACAGAUAUGUAGGUAUACUUGUGUAUGUACGUGGAGGCAGAAGAGAUCGAGCAGCGUGACAGAUACGAAAUAAUGAUUUCACCAAUUCCCGGGGGUCCUGCGUCGGAUCUCUGUCGGACACUUGAAAGGAUACUUGCUGGUCAGGAGGGAUCGUGGAUACGAACGGACGGGUAAGGGUUACCUAAGGAAAGAGGAAGAGGACAGGGGGGGAAAGAGAGAAGAUAGCCGUGGAGAGGCAUCGAGUACUGGACACACGUAGCCCCCCGGGUGGCGAGCACCGCAAUUCUCGGACCCCCAACGGUGAUACCAGCUAGACUACAUUGUGCACUGUCAUCGAGCCGGCACGAUGUCAUCGCGUACCGCAUGCGCUAGCUGCGGACACGCUGCGUAUCGCGCGUCGCAUUCGGAGUUCUCUUCUCGAGGAUACCGAGGAACCGGCUGUCAAACAAACAAACUCGAUCUUCGUACUCUACGCUUGAGUCGAUUCGACUGCAACGUUCCUCGAGUGCAAAAGACCACCUCCGUCCACUUCGGGAUCCCGUGGACGAGUGCAACCAUCGAGGCGUUCGGACUUGGUGCGUCGCCAGGAAAAUUGCACGCUCCUCCUUGUGACGUUGUUAUUGCUAGCGACUGACCGACCAAUCGCCGGUCCUGCGUGGGUGGAAGGAAGAGAAGGCGAGCCAGGACAAAGAGGGAUAGACGGAUAGGAGGAGAGAGAGAGAACGGGCGAGGAAGAGGGAGCGAGAGAGAAGGAGAAAAGAAAGGAGAGAUAGGUGGAGCGAGAAGAAACCCGAUUGGUCUUACUUCAGGAGGAUACGUCGCGUAGCCAUAGAGACUCCCGUCGACGAGGAGAAACGACUUUGGAAUAAAUGAUAGCACGGGGAAGGGAUCCCUGGAGGGGUACUGAUAAUCGUAGGUAGAAGAGAAAUCAAACGAACUCGAUCGUUGCUCUGAUUUUGUCAUUUGCUCUUUUACAGAAGAACCGGAAGAAGGAGAAAUUUUCAACAACUCAGAGGAGAUUUCAUUUCGACCUUGAUUCUAAGUUGGAUCCAGAGAAAGGGUGUUUGUCAUCCAUUCGAUUCCGCGAAUUCGCGUCUGAAUUUCUGCCGAAUUUCGCGGGCGUUCGUAAGAAGCGCGUUGAAUUUCCUCGGAUCGAGAGUGGAGGAGCGAGUAGCACCCAAGCGUCCGCAAGCGUAGAGUACAUCGGUAAAAGUCCCUUUCCCCUCGUAUCUCGUAGCAUCGACGGUGGGCACGAUCGCGAAGCAACAAGUGUUACCAGCUCUUCGGCAUCGCCCCGCCCCCAACUAGCAGCCGCUGUGUCGGAGCAAUCGGUGGAAACUGCCCUGAGGCGAUGCAACCACCUCACUCGAGCGCCGAUCGCGCAAGCAACUAGAAAUCCUCGUCCGACACUGGCUCCUCUCGUGCGCCUCCAGCAUUCUCGACUUUGCUGGAAAAACGAACGAGAACGCGAUGUUUUCGGUGAUCUUGUGCAGCCAAAACGCGAGCUUUCGCCAGUGAUUUCUUGCUUUCCCUCGCAUACUCGAUCGUCGAAGUGACAGCAAUCGAUUCUCCGUGAUAGAUCUUUGUCGAACGCGUUUUCAAAAGUUUUUGUAUCUCGCGCGAUAGAUCAUCGUCGAUUGUGCGCUACUCCAGUGAGUAUUCCGCGAAAAACUCCAAACGAGGACUUUGAGAAGAAAGUGAAAUAACCGUGAGGGAAAGUGGUAACCGAAGGUGGUUCGUUCGAUCGAAAAUUCAUCAAGUUUCGAGGUGAUCGACGAAGAAAGGGAUCCAAGUAUCCGUUGCCCGUUUAUUCGCCUGUUCUGGAACGUCGAUGGUGCCGUGGAGAGUGGCCGAUAGUGGAAGCGAAGGAAAAGAGAGCAAAACGGGUCGAUGCACAAAGAGGAGCGCAGAUUAGAAUUGCCGUAGCCGUUGAGUCACGACGAAGAAAAAGAAUUUGCGCGAAGAUAGAGACCAAGACCUCAACGCGUUCCCGACGGAUCAACACGAUGCUCCUCUCGUUCGUUGCGUUUCCCGCGCGCCGUAAUCGAGUGCAAAAUUAAUUAAACGUGACAAACGUGCGCGUCGAUAACAGUGAAUAUCGGCGAGGGAAGACGAGACAAGAAACGGAGAAACGAGCGGAAAAUCGCGGACGCGGUUCGAGCUGGGCCGCGCGAAACGGAAGUGACGUUCUAUCGCGAUAAAAUGGUCAUUUCAAUUAGUCGAUGAACCGUUCUUCGGUAACGUGCGCGUCCUCCGAAUCGAUAAAUCCGUCGAUUCCUUCGUCCCCUAUCGUUCCCGUUAUUUUUCUCCUGACCAGAACGAAAGCGAAAGAUGAACGACGUCAUGGGAGAGGCAUCCGGUUCGAUUUCGUCGAGCAACGGUAGCGACGGUAACUGCGGUGCCGGCUCCAGCAACGGUAACACCAGCAACAAUAAUAACAACAACAAUAACGGUAACAACGUGAAAGCAUCGACGAUCGGCGCUAACGGAGGCGAGAGGAUCAGCGCAGCGGUCACCAAAGUUCUUCAGGGAUACGACUGGACUCUGGUACCUGUUGCUACCAAGGGUUCCGGCGACAAAAGAGCGGCGCACGUGAAAAGGCCGAUGAACGCGUUUAUGGUGUGGGCCCAGGCUGCCAGACGAAUACUCGCCGACCAAUAUCCUCAACUUCACAACGCGGAGCUGUCCAAGACUUUAGGGAAACUUUGGCGAUUGCUGUCGGACAACGACAAGAAACCGUUCAUCGAGGAGGCGGAUCGUCUUCGCGUGAUCCACAAGCGCGAGCAUCCGGAUUAUAAGUAUCAGCCCCGACGGCGGAAUCAGAAUCGAACGGCGGGCAGGGAGAGUUCGCCGUCGAGGAAUCAAAGCAACGCGAGCUUCAACGUAUCCAGGUCGUUGAAGCAGGAGGACGCGAGUCCGAGGGGCGCGCAAGGGCCUAAUUCGCCUCAAAGCGGGAUCAGCCUGUCCCCUCCGACCACUCCGAAUCACGGACUUUCACCGCCGACUCCUCCCACCACUCCCCGUGGUCAACACUACGCGAAUCAGCCGCAACAACAGAACAACAACGUCUACCAACAACAGCAACAGGAUCUCGCGAUCGCAUCAUCCAGCGAGUCUCCGCAUCAGCAUCAUCAGCAACAGCAGCAACAGCAAUCAAACGUCGAUUUUCGGUACAUAGAUGUCGGCGAGGGGCUACCGAUCGAAGAGGGUCAAUUGAACGGGCUCGGAUCUCUAGGCGGGGUCGGUCUAAAUAUUUCGUUGAACCCUCAGGAAUGCGAGGUCGAGAGCAGCGAGCUGGACCAGUACCUCCGACCUCAAGUGCCAUCGAUGCACGUGCCUCCUUCGGCGAGCACCGCGUCUCAGUGGAUUUUCAACAGAUAUGACGAGGAAAUCGAGAGGCCGAACAAACGACAUUGCUCGGAGCAGACGAUCGCCGAGGCUUCUUGGGAAGACAGACCGCCACAGGAGAUAGUCCGUUACCACGAACUGCAACCACCCCUUCCUCCCAUGCAAUACAUAUCCUCUUCUCACAAUCCUCACUACUCACACGCGACCACGCAGAUGAGCCAUCCCCACGUGUCUCCAUCGUACGCGCAGUACCAACGUUACGUACCUGGUAUCGAGAGUUGGCCUCACUACAUGUAGGAACGAGAAGACAAAGUUUAAUGCAGCGUACGUUUCACAGCUCGUUUUCAAACGAACGGUGAUUGAAACGAUAUCGAUAGCUCGAUCAUUCGAUGCUUGGAGAACGAGCGACGGAUAGGUUCGUGGCGCGUACGGCGCAGCUCACAGACACUCACGAUUCUUACUCCAUGACAUCAUUCCAUGACAGCUGGCCAUUCCAAAGCGCAGAAUUUCAAGUUAAACAAACCGAGACCGCUCGAUACCACCGUGUCUCGCGCCGAUCCGAACGUCUAAUAAAGUAUGCAUAAGACAGCAAUUAUAAACUGGACGUUGGAGAGCGGUUGGUUCGUCGGACGAAACGGGCGUACUGAACGCUCUUGAAAUAAAUUCGCGAUGCGAGACGUUCUCCGCUUUCUUCGAGGUUUCUUCUUCGAAUCUGUUAGAAGGAAUACGGUGGUAAGCGGUAUAGCGAUCAUUUCUUCCCUCGAAGCUUGUGAUCUAACUUGGCUAUUUCUAUUAUUACCAUUAUUCCUUUAUUCGACAAUUAUUAUUAUUUUAUUAUCUAUUAUUAUUAUUAUUACUAUUGUUGACGAAAGGAGAGCAAAGAGGCGAGCGUACAGCAAGCAACGAAUCGACGGCCAUCGAAGCACGCCAAGCGUCGUCGCCUGAAAUUAUUCCUCGUUACAAUCCGACGCUCGUGCCUUUGUACUUAGAUAUUUAUUGCGCCGCCUGUAACGUGUAGAUCGCCGCGUUCACGCGACACCGUUCCGAUGCUAAUUUAACGACACCGUUUAUUGUAUACUAAGAUUUAUAGGAAUAAACGAAGCGUUUCCAAAUGA